AUGGCCAGAGGUAAUCAAAGAGAUUUAGCUAGAGCUAAGAACUUAAAGAAGCAACAAGAUACUGCUAAAGGUAGUAAGAAGCAAGGUGAUCCAAAGAAAAGAAUGGAAUCUGACGCUGAUAUCUUAAGACAAAAACAAGCUGCUGCUAAUGAAAGAAAAGCUGCAGAAGAAUUGGAAAGAUUAAAACAAGCUAAAGCUAAACGAUAA